AUGGAUGAAGCCGCCGCUUCUGGCGAUGCAUCCAUGGAGCAGCAUCACAUCGUCAAGGCCGAUGAAGUGGACCAAACCGGAACGGACAUCAGUCCUGUUCCUGAUGACCAAAUGAUGGAAGAGGUUGGGGAAGUUCUACGGCAGGAGAAAGCUGCUCAUGGGUCGGCAGGCGAGCCACAAGGGCAGUUAUCCAAUAUCCCGAGGCGCCCUGAGCUGCAUCGAAAUUCUGCAGCUCCUCCGCCUCCGCGUCAACCUCCGCCACCGGCUCCUGUUCAACAUGACCUCGACACGGCUCCCAAUUCACUCAGCCUGGCCCAGUUGAGGCAGCUUGUUCAGGAGAUGCCUAAGGCGGAACAGCCUGCUUAUGCAUUUGAAUAUGCAGACGCUCAACCGUUCUCCGAGGAGAUUGAGGAAUGGUUCCAGUACAGCGAGUUCGAUAGAUCUAUGCUUCUGGGUAUGAAAUCUUCCUUUGAACAUACGUGGGGCUCGUUCUGCGAGAACCAGCCUUCUCUUUCUCCCCGUACUUCUUGGCUUGAUGGCCCCAAUGAGAUGCAGAAGCUGUUUCUGAGCGAAGUGCUUGAUAACUUGCAGGAUAGUGACAUCAUGGCUCGCAUUGAGGCUUUGGAAACCGUGUGUUAUGCUGUGACAGGAGUGUGGAGCAUCACUGCUGGAAAAAGCGCACCAAACUAUCCUGAAGGGUCCGCUGUGUCUGCAGAGAAGGCCAAAGCCAGAUCUCUUCAGCUUCAGUGGAUUGAGAAUAACGCAAAACUCGUUCAUGAGCGCGCAGGUCUUCAGUCAUUAUACGGGUGCUUCUUAAGAGCAUUUGAAAAGUUUCGUGUUUCAGCCCCGUCAGAAGCAAAUGUCGCCACGCCUGAGAGCUCUAACCCGGCAUUACUAGCUGCUGCAGAACGGGAGGCAAACUUGGUUCUGACAGCUUUAUACUUGAUAGUCGAAGUGGCACGCAGGCAAGAAGUACAGGACCCCGGGUAUACCCCGUUGAAGGACGGCAUCAUGAGACUGGAGCCGGAGUUGAUGGUGUUUCUGAUUGAGAUUAUCGCUCGGUUACGUUGGGAUGACACGUCUAAUAUUCCUCUCACAAGGAUCAUUCUCUUGUUUUGGAAAUGCACGCUUCUCUUUUUUGGAGGUAGCGACAGUCUGAAGCAAGCCAAGGAUGUAAUGGAGCCACCCUUCGAGGGUGGGAGGAAUGACCUCACGAGAAGGACACCUUUUCUUACUGCAUCUCCUCUGGAUUAUCACAAUUUCCGGCAAGAGAUCACAUCCAAAUACCCUGCAUACAACCCACCACCUCCCGUGAUCCCUCUAGAACUAGAAAAUAACUCAAUACUCCCUCCUCUGCCCCAACAUCCCAGCAGAUCAUACUCCUCCAACGGUCUCUUUUCCGGAGUCGGGCCAUCUGUAUCUGGUGGCAAUGGCUCCAUCCUGCACCAGUCAGUUCACAUUGCAACGCCCGCUCCAUCGCCUCCGCCAUCUCCAAUCGGCCCAGGCGGGAAGACAGGAAAGAAGCAAAAUUACCAAACAAACCAGAACUUCCCAUUUAUGUAUCCGCCACUGGAUAUUUCUAGCAAUGAUAUUGGAGGGAAAGGCGCCGCAGAAACCCAAGAUGUGCUCGUGGGGAAGAAAUGGGAUGGUAGCGAUGUCCCUGCAUCCGUCAUCGAGGCAGGGAAGCUUUUCUCGACACAUGUCAAAAUGCCGAGGGCAAUGAGGCAACUUUGGGAGGAGCGCGAGGAGUUCAUGAAAUACGACCGCGGCUGGCAUGCGGAAGACGCUUUGGCUCCUAGCGUCGCAGAAGCCGGCAAUGACGAGAUUGCGGACGACCUGGAAAACUUCUCUUUGGAGGAAAGAGAACAGCGCAAGCCUGAGGUCCCAAGGCAGAGGCAGACUGAUAACGACGAGGUUCAAAAACGCCUAGACGCUGUUGAAACUUUCUAUACACACGCACUUGUCCACCUUCAAUCGGUAGUCAUUGUGUUCUUGAAGAUUGUUUUGACGAACGUGAGCGCCCUCGUCAGCAACCAGACCAACCCGCAACCCGGUUCAGCUAGCGAAAGCUUCAACGGUGUAAAUGGCGUGCCCAGCUUCAACAAUGAUGUAGAAGACCUCAACUGCGAUGCUACCAUCGACGAGCUUGACAAUAUUCGGUUGCGCGAAAUCACAGGCAAGGCCAUCUCUGGUUCACUUCUUCUUUUGCUCAAGUGGUUCAAGAGAUCACACAUCUUGAAAUUCGAGUAUAUGACACAACUCCUACUCGACUCAAAUUAUCUGCCAUUGAUUCUCAAGAUGUUCGCACACCAGGAGAUUGACCAUGCGGUAGCGCAACGGUCGGAUCGUGAGGAACUUGGUUUCUUCCAUUUCUGUCAUUUGCAUUCGGAGCAACCGCCGGAUAUCGCGCCUGGCUCGGACCCAGAGAGUGAGGACGAUGCAGCCCCCCCUCCUAUUGCUCGCCACAGGCCAGAGCCAACGCGGGCGGAUAGUCUGGACGAGGCUGGACAAGGCUUUGCAGAAGGUGCCCAUCGCCCAGAAGUCGACGAAUUGGGAUAUCCAACUGCGCCACCACCCAGCGAGCCCAUCACAACAUUCUCUUUCCGUAACUUCUUCUCGGCUAUAAACUACCUCCACAUCAUGCAGAAAAUAACCCGCGACAAGGCUCACCGUUGCCUCCUUCUCGUGCAGUACAAAUCCAGCACCAUACUUCGCAAAGGACUCAAGAUACCCGACCCUUAUCUCCGUUUCUACACACUCAAACUUUUCAAGUCACAAGUUCCGUACUGUGGUCGCAAAUGGCGCCAAGGCAAUAUGCGUGUGAUUACAGCUAUAUACCUCUACUGCCGCCCCGAACUUCGGGAUGACUGGCUGGCUGGGUCCGAUAUUGAUGCAGAAGUUGAGGAGGCGCUCCCUCUGGAGCAAGCGCUUCGCGGACUAACACACUGGUGGCAUCUACGAAAGUACAAACAUGUCAUGGGAGGCGAUGAGGGGGCAUCUAUCAUGGAUGAAGAACGGGAUUUCUUUGUCCGUGAACUUGAGGCCAUGGGAUGGGGGUUUGCCGGUGAUGAACUGUUGAGCGCUGAAGAGGCCGAGCUGGCUUCAGGCGGACCACUGGCAAAUGGGACUGAAUGGGAUGGCAUGUUGCAGAUGGAGGGCGCUUAG